AUGGAAGCUGAGGCCUGGAGAAGUGCACGGUCCCGCCUGGAGGACGGGGGGUUCCACCGCGUAAAACAGUGGCGGAACCCGUGUGUCUGGCUCCAGUCAGAGCUGGACCCCAAUGCAGACACCGAGUGGAAUGACAUCUUACGCAAAAAGGGCAUCUUGCCCGCGAAAGAAAGUCUGAAAGAAUUGGAAAAAGAGGCGGAAGAGGAGGAGCAGCGAAUCCUUCAGCAGUCAGUGGUGAAAACCUAUGAAGAUAUGACUUUGGAAGAGCUGGAGGAGAAUGAAGAUGAGUUUAAUGAGGAGGAUGAACGUGCUAUUGAAAUGUACAGGCAACAAAGACUGGCUGAAUGGAAAGCAACUAAACUGAAGAAUAAGUUUGGGGAAGUUUUGGAGAUCUCAGGAAAGGAUUAUGUUCAAGAAGUCACCCAAGCCGGUGAGGGCUUGUGGGUAAUCUUGCACCUUUACAAACAAGGGAUUCCUCUCUGUGCCCUGAUAAAUCAACACUUAAGUGAACUUGCCAGGAAGUUUCCUGAUGUCAAAUUUAUGAAAGCCAUUUCAACAACCUGCAUACCCAAUUAUCCAGAUAGGAAUCUGCCCACAAUAUUUGUUUACCUUGAAGGUGAUAUCAAGGCUCAGUUUAUUGGUCCUCUAGUGUUUGGUGGCAUGAACCUGACAAGAGAUGAGUUGGAGUGGAAAUUGUCUGAGUUUGGAGCAAUUAAGACGGACCUGGAGGAAAACCCUAAGAAACCAAUUGAAGACGUAUUGCUGACCUCUGUUCGGUGUUCUGUCCCCACGAGGAGAGACAGUGAUUCUGAAGGUGACUGAGGCUACAGCCACUGUAACUUGCUGAACUUUCUUUGGUAUGACAAAUCAUCUGGAUUUUUUUUAAAAAGGAAAAAGCACUAAUGAAUCCUUUUGUUUUUUAGUCUUUUAUAAUUGUUUCAUAUCUCAUACAUUUCAGAAAUAAUCAUUGCUGGUAAUUCUAUUAAAUUUCUUGGAACUCUUUUUAAAUUAGUAAUAUUUCCUUUAAAAUAAACAACCAAACCGACUACUGGUACAGCAA